GCUCUGUGUGUCUCAGGAUGGUGCAGCAGUUUGCCGUGGACUUCGAGAAACGGAUCGAGGGCUCUGGAGACCAGGUGGACACGUACGAGCUGUCAGGAGGAGCGAAGAUCAACCGCGUCUUCCACGAGCGCUUCCCCUUCGAACUGGUCAAGCUGGAGGGUGACGAGAAGACCCUGCGUAAGGAAAUCAGCUACGCCAUCAAGAACAUCCAUGGAAUCAGGACGGGUCUGUUCACGCCCGACAUGGCCUUCGAGACCAUCGUGAAACGUCAGAUCGCUCAGCUCAAAGAACCGUGUCAGAAGUGUGUCGAUCUGGUGAUCAGCGAGCUCGUCAACACCGUCAGACAGUGUACACAGAAGUUGGCUCAGUAUCCAAUGCUCCGAGAGGAGAUGGAGAGAAUCGUCACUCAGCACAUCAGAGACCGGGAGAGCCGUACUAAAGGCCAGGUGAUGCUGCUGAUUGACAUCGAGCUGGCCUACGUCAACACCAACCACGAGGACUUCAUCGGCUUUGCAAAUGCGCAGCAGAAGAGCAGUCAGAUGAGCAAGAAGAAGGCCACAGGAAACCAGGACGAGAUCAUGGUGAUUCGCAAAGGUUGGCUCACUAUCAACAACAUCGGCAUCAUGAAGGGCGGAGCCAAAGACUACUGGUUCGUCCUGACCGCAGAGGCUCUGUCCUGGUACAAAGAUGAUGAGGAAAAGGAGAAGAAGUACAUGCUUCCUGUGGACAACCUGAAACUGAAGGACAUCGAGAAAAGCUUCAUGUCCAGCAAACACAUCUUCGCUUUGUUCAACACUGAGCACAGGAAUGUGUACAAGGACUACCGUCAGCUGGAGUUGGCCAGUGAGUCCCAGGAGGAGGUUGACAGCUGGAAGGCUUCUUUCCUACGGGCCGGAGUGUACCCUGAACGCAGCGUGGACAAAGAAAAGGUGGAGGCAGAGGAGUCCAGCACUGACGGGCACAUCCACAGUAUGGACCCUCAGCUGGAGCGACAGGUGGAGAUCGUCAGGAACCUGGUGGACUCGUACCUGGCCAUCAUCCACCGCACCGUCAGAGACCUGAUCCCCAAAACCAUCAUGCACCUCAUGGUCAACAAUACAAAAGAGUUUAUCCACUCUGACCUGCUGGCUCAGCUGUACUCCUGUGGAGACCAGAACACUUUGAUGGAGGAGUCCCAGGAACAGGCCCAGCGGCGGGACGAGAUGCUGCGGAUGUACCACGCCCUGCGGGAGGGGCUGAACAUCAUCGGUGACAUCAGCACCACCACUGUUACCACAGCAGCACCUCCACCUGUCGACGACUCCUGGCUGCAGGUGACGGGGAUGCCGUCUGGACGCAGGUCUCCCAUGUCCAGUCCAACUCCUCAACGCCGGGCCCCCCCGGGUCCUCCACGACCCGGCGGCCGAGCUGCCCCCGGCCCUCCGUCCCGUCCCGCUGUGUCUCCUGAUCCAGGGCCCCCACCCUCUGUCCCUUCGCGCCCCAACAGAGCGCCCCCACCUGGAGUCCCCAGAAUCUCUAUCAGUGACCAGUGAGGAGUUCACCAAUGGUACGUCAGCUGUCCGUGUGAUGUCACUGUUUCUCACCACCUCUGUGUGCGUAUCUGUGUGCUUCAUUGUCCAAUCAGAUUCUUCACGUGUGACCACGCCCACUCCCCCUGCAUCACUGUUAGUCACCUGACUGAGCUCUCCAUCGACCUGUAACUGUCUGUCUCUGUUGUUUUUGUUUUGUUUUGUUUGUUUGUUGUCAGCCGCAGACCUCCAGCAUCUCCAUCCCGAUCCACCAGACCAGCCUCAGACUGACUCCGCCCCCGACUCCACCCUCACACAUUAGCACAGCUGAAGCUCAUAUAUAAAGACAAACCUGAUGCAGUCGUGCUCACAAACGUUCCCCUGUGGUUCCAGCUGGUUCUGAUUCAGCUGGUUCUGGUUCCACUGAUCUUCAGUAGAAUGUUGGUACCCCAAAGUGACGGUUUGGUAAAAAAAAAAAACUGAAACAAACAACGGUUGGUUCAGGUCUCGGCUGUUGAUAUGGAUUAAGUGGACGUCCUACUUGUACCAGCUGAUUCUGACAGGACCCUGAAGACUUUGACUGGUUCUAGUUCUGCUCGGUUCCACGUUGUUCCAGCAUCUGGUUCUAGGAGGUUCCUAAAAGCUUUUCUGAUAAAUCAAAUGUCCCUCAAAAGGUUUUAAGACCAGUUCCAAAAUGUGUUCACAAAAAUAUAGAUACUUUUAAAUCACUGGUUCCAAGUUUCCCCACUGGGUUCUGAUCCAAAUGGGUUCUGAAUACUUGGAUUUGAUUUUAAUCUUAAUUAGUUGAAGCAGUCUAGACAGGAGGUUCUAAAAGGUUCUUCUCUGUUCCAGUAUGUUUUUACUUUCACUCUUUUUUCCUGAAGGUCUCAGUUGGACAGAACUGUUUUUGUUUUUUGUAGUUUUUGCUGGAUCCUCCUGGCGUCUAGCCUUUUACAGCUGUGAAACCAAAACAUGCUGGAUUUCUUUAAACCACUAUAGUCCUGUUGAGUCUGAGGCAACCUGUGACCCCUGACCUUUGACCUCUUGGCUCUCAUUCCCUCACUGUGGGUUUAAAAAAAAACAAAAAAAUACAACUGUCUUCACAAACUUCAACAUCAGAAGUGAUUUUUAAACCAGUUCAGCUCUGAAAUGCAUUAAGGUGCAGUUUUUGUUGUGGUUCCUGACAGUACCCACCUCCUCAAGGGUAACCCCCUUUUCUGGACUUUCAGGACUGCUCUAACUCCGAAACUCUAUGUUUUUUUUGUUAGUUAUUAUAUAUUGUAAUUGAAUAUGUUUGAAGAAUGAUUGUUAGAAUAGUUCACCAUUUUUUGAGGGUCCUUAUAGUACGUACCCCUUCUCCUCAAGAGUAACCCACUUUCUGGAUUCUAAAGACCAGUUUUCUUUGUCAUUAAUUGGGACUUCUCUAACUCUGAAAUUAGUUGAUGUUUUGUGUUAUUUAUUAUACUGUAUAUUUGUUAUAAUUUAAGAUGUUUGAAGAAUGAUUGUUAGAAUAGUUCACAAUUUCUUUGAGGGUCCUGACAGUUCCUCUCUCCUCAAGGGUAACCCACUUUCUGGACUCUAAAGACCAGUUUUCUUUUUCCUUAAUCAUGACUGCUCAUUAUUCUGAAACUACAGUAAAUUAUGGAUUUUAUUAUUUAUUAUAGAACUACUUUUGAAGAUAUUUAAAUAUUUGUUAAACUAGUUCAAGAUUUCUUGGCAGAUCCUGACAGUACCCCUCUCAUCAAGGGUAACCUCACCUUCCGGACUCUAAAGACCAGGUUUCUUUGUCAUUAAACAUAACUGCUCAUAACAAACUAGAUGAUAGCUUUUAUUAUUUAAUAUAGAAUUAGAUCUGAACACAUUUAGUUAUUUGUUAAAUUAGUUCAGGAUUUCUUUGUGGGUCCUGAUAGUACCGACUCCCCCUUGAGGGUAACCCCCACUUCCAGUCUCGAAAGACCUUUUUUUCAUCGCUUAUAUCUGAAACUAGUUGACGAGUUUGGGACAGAUAAAAAAGUUUUUUUUAAUUCUAUGUAUUAUUAAUUAUAGAAUCGAGAAGUUUAAAGAAUAUUUGUUAGAAUUGCUGGGUGUCAGUCACAUGAUCUGGAUGAUGAGCAAAUGUCAGAAAGGGGACAGGAAGUGAUUUGCACCAGUUGAAAACAGUGAAAUGGAUCACAGAGUACGCUAAUGCUCUAAAUGGGCUGAUGCAGAUAUCGCAAAAAAAAAUCUGCAUACAUUUAGGAUCUGAGCCAUUUUGUCAUAAUAAAAAAGACUUGUCAUAUAAUCUGGAGGAUUUACCGGCAUCGUGGCGAUUGACAUAAACUAUCUGCUGCAGAGCUCGUAUUAUACGACGAGCCAGAUGAAAGCUUUCAAACUCCUCGAAGCUACAAUUAUUAAGUUUCAGGUUGGGUCAAACAUUUAGGAUCAAAGAAGCGUUAAAUGUCUUUCGACUUGUUUCUGCCUGGGUGAGAAGUGACUUGUGCUAUUUGAAGUCAUUAGCCUAUGAUAGCAAUGCUAUCACUAACACCACUGUUAUUUCUAUGUGCUUGGAUCUACUUGAAAAUAAUUUAUUUAGCUUCUGCAAACCCAAAUUCCAGUAACUGUCCAAGAAAAUAUCUGAAAAUAGGAUUUAAAUGAUAAAAUCCCGUUAGAAAGUGGUCGCUGCAAACUCUUGCUAUGUUCGUUUCUGCACAUCCUGUUUUUAGCCGUAGAUUGUUGAUCCACUUUUAUUGUCUUUUCUCUGACACACGACUUACAGAACACGAAAAAAACUUUUAUAUUUCUCCAUUGUAACAACUGUACACUUCGAUACUAUGUCAUCAACAACCCAGCAAUAGGUCAUGAAUUCUUCGAGGGUCCUGACAGUACCGCCCUCUCCCGGGGGUGAUCCCGUUAGGAUUCCAAACACUAGCUUUCCUUCUGGUUUCAGAACCAGAACUUAGUUCCACACAGUUCUGACUGGUCCGUGUUGAUCCAGCUGGUAAAGUUCAGUGUGGUGUUUAUGAACCAGCUUGUUGGUCCAAUUGGAGUUCGUCUUGUGGGGGGUGGUCCUAACUAGUUUGGGAUGGGCUCUAACAGAUGUCUGUCUCCACCUGAACUCCCUCCUGUUGAUUGACUCACCUGUUCUCUCUUUCUUUGUGUUUUUCUGUUGUUUUCCUCAGUCGUCCCAGUAAAGGUAGCCCUGCCCACGGAGAAAGCCCCCAGUCGUCUAUUGAGGGUUAAGAUGAAGCCAGUUUGUGUUUGUGUCUCUGUGUUUCUGUGAACAUUAUGAAUAAUGAUGAUAAUUAUUAGCACACGUCCAUGAAACUGUGUGUCUGCUGCUGGAGGUGAGACAGGUGAGCUACCUGCCCGUCUCACCUCCACAGAUACGUUUGGUUGUAAAGAAUAACUCCAGAGAUCCUGUAGAAGUGAAGAUGUGUCACUCUGCUGUGGAUCUCCAGGCUGGUCUAAGAUCAGAACCUCUGGUAGCCUCUGUCGCCAGUUCCUGGAAUAUUUAUUGAUUUUUGUUUCAGUUUCUUAUUUUCGUCUGAAGCUGAGAUGUGUUUUUGUUUUGUUUUUUCUUUACAG